AUGCUUCCAAUAAAGAGACAAUUGAGGUCUUUGCCUCUCAAGAACUAUGUCAUUAGAGCUCUUUCUACAUCAAGACCUUCUUUGCAUUUCCCUAUAGAUAAAAAGACAUCAACUUCACAAGAUGAGAUGGAUCAUUUUAAUCAAUUGGCUUCAACUUGGUGGGAUGUUGAUGGACCUCAAAGAAUCUUACACAAGAUGAAUUUAUUACGUAUGGAUUUCAUCCAAGAAACAUUAAGAAAUUCCAUUGAUUUAAAUCAAGAUGUUGAAUCUCCAGAUGAAGAAAUUUAUAUCCCAGGUUAUAAUAUUGAUUUACUACCCAAACCAAUUGCAGAACAAAUCAUAGCAGAACAAGAAUUGAAAAGAGAAGAAUUGGUUAAAUCUCAACCUAAAUUAAAAGCAUUGGAUAUAGGAUGUGGUGGUGGUAUUCUUAGUGAAUCUUUAGCAAGAUUAAAACAAAUUGAAAGUGUUAAAGGGGUAGAUUUAUCAACUGAUGUUCUUGAAGCUGCCAAAUUACACCAAAGAUUAGAUCCUUCUUUACACGAUAAAUUACAAUAUCGAUUAUCUGCAGUGGAGGAUAUUUCAAAAGAUGAACAAUUUGAUAUAAUAACAAUGUUUGAAAUGUUGGAACAUGUUAAUUAUCCAAAUGAAGUUUUGAAAAGUGCAUUAGGUCAUAUUAAACCAGGUGGUUGGUUAUUCAUUUCCACUAUAAAUAGAGAUUUCAUUUCUUGGUUUACUACAAUUUUCAUGGGUGAACAUGUUUUGAAAAUUGUUCCAGUGGGGACUCAUCAUUUAGAUAAAUAUAUUAAUGAAACUGAAUUACAAGAUUGGUUUAAAGAACAAAAGGAUUUUAAAGUUGCUAAUAGUAAAGGAUGUAUUUAUUUACCAUUUAAUGGGUGGAGUUUUACUGAUAGUCCAAAUGUUGGUAAUUUUUUCAUGGCUAUUCAAAGAACUAAGUGA